CCGCUCGAGCUGUCGAAUAUCGCUCAUUAGAGCAUAGUUGUGAGUGUUUUGGCACUUUUCCCGUUGUUCACACACCAUGUCUGGCCAUGGUCACGGCCACGGCCACGGCCACGGCUGCUGUGAAUGCGAGCACGAGCCCGCUGAGCGAGGAGUGGAAUAUGAGCUGUACAAACGCAUUGAUAUCGAGAAGCUUCAGUGUUUGAACGAGAGCCGAGACGGAGACGGGAAACUGGUCUUCAAGCCUUGGGAUCAACGCACUGACAGGACGAAGUUUGUUGAAAGUGAUGCUGACGAGGAGCUUCUGUUCAAUAUACCGUUUACAGGUAGCGUGAAGCUGAAAGGGAUCAUUAUUGCUGGAGAAGAUGAUGAGUCACACCCAGCCGAAAUGAGACUGUACAAGAACAUACCCCAAAUGUCAUUUGAUGAUACAAGCAGAGAGCCAGAACAAGCCUUUCGCCUAAACAGGGAUCCACAUGCCGAGCUUGAGUAUCCAACCAAGAUUGCGAGAUUCUCCAAUGUGGAGCACUUAUCUAUCCACAUAUCUCGAAACUUUGGGGCAGAAUCCACUCGCGUGUAUUACAUUGGUCUGCGGGGAGAAUACGCAGAGCCUCACAGACAUGAGGUGACAAUCUGCAACUACGAAGCAGCAGCCAAUCCAGCAGAUCACAAAGUGAAGAGCAUUACGCCCCAGACACAGUUCAUAUCAUGACAAACAGAGGAAAGAGAAUCUCACGCCUGCUGUGUCAAACUAUAAAAGUGUGCAUGAGUUUUGGUAACGGCCA